CGAGGCCCUCAGGCAGCCGGCAGGCUGUGCCAGGUGAGGUGCCUACUUCCACCAUGGAGCUCUGCUUAUUGAAGUCCGAGUGCAGGAAGGUGGCACUGGAGGAGAGCCUGAGGAGGGCCAAGUGUGCCAUCGAGCACCAGGCACAGAAGCUGAGGAAACGACAGGCUGGCAUUCUGGACCACAUGGCCAUCGCGGACAUCCUGGCAGCUCAGCAGAAGAUCCUGGCACUAAAAACCUCCAAAGUGCCACUCUGGACCCAGCAUCUCAGGUCACUCGAUGGCAUGAGGGACAUUCUGAGGCGGCACGACCUACACACACGCGUCCACUCACUGGAGAAGGAGACCAGCGGCCUACGAGGACAACUGCAGGGGGCGCUGCAAGUGAUGGCCAUGCAGACACGGUGGACGGCAGCAGGAGCACAGGAGCGCCCCCCGGUGGGGGAUGGCGUCCAUCGUGAAGACGAGUUGGCAGAGUGGAGACUGCAGAAGACUCAGCUGCUGGAGGAGACGGAGCAGCUCCGCACAUUUGCCCAAAGUCUGUCCAGCACCCUGAAGACCACUGAGGUGGACAAGGAGACCCUGGAGGGCCAGCUGUCCCAGUUGCAUUCCGAGCUCUUCAGUGCCCGCUGCAAUGAGAAUAAACUGCGGCAAGAGCUGCUGAAGGCCGAGGAGGAGCUGCGGGGCAGCCGGCAGGUCAAUGAGAAGCUGCUGCAUGAUCUGACGGCACUGAGACAGAGUGCCAACUCGAGCACUGAAGACAUGGGGCACCUGCGGAGUGAGAGGGAUACCCUGAGUGCCCGCAUUGGCACUCUGGACGAUGAGCGACACAGGCUGAUGGUGCAGAAGGACUCGCUGCUCGAACUGCUUAAGAGGUGGCAGAUGGACUCCAUUGGCGAGGAUGCCAGUCUCAGACCGGGCAUUUGUCCAUCCCCUUGUGUGCCAGUGACGUCACCAGGCCUCACCUCUGGUCACUGGACCGCCGCAGAUGGACCAAGUGAGCCGAGGGCAAGUAGGCAGAGUCCUGUGGAGGUGCAAACUGAGGGUGGCGAUGCCCCAGAGAUGCCCUCUCCAGCGAGGUCAGUUCAGGGGGCACCUGAGGACGAGAUUGCUGGACAUCUCCGAGGCAGUGCCCAGAGUCAGACGAGCUGGCAUCUAGGAGGGUCACUGGAGGGCAAUGACAAGAUGGGGAGUGCCAGGGGGCAUCAAGCCAAGGAGAUUCUGCAGAACCAAAAGGCAUUUCUGUCCAGACUGGUCCUCUCACAGUCUGGCCUGAGGCAGGUGUUGGCUCAAGAUGCGGGUGCCACAUGGAGAAGUCCUUCUGGGAGGUUUGCCCAUGAAGCUGAAGAAGCGAGUGGACACACGGUCACACGUGGAUUUCCAUCUCAGGAUGAUCAGCAGGUCCCUGGAGGGGAAGAACAAAGGGCAGCAGAUGACGGCAUCACAUCAAACGAAGGGCUCCAUGGUGACCCGACCAUAAGGACAGGUCUAUGCCAAGGUCUGCCAACGAGAACAAACGUGAAGGAAGAAGGCAAAGCAAAGAACCCUAUGGAGGUCACUGGCGUCUCGACACAAGAGGACAAGCAGCAAGAACAGAAGGUUCUGGAAGACAAAUGGCCACUACAGGCAGAAGACUACCUAAAGGUGAACCAGGUCACCGCCUUAGUGAUCGAGUUGAAGCAGAUGCGCCAGGCGUACAAAGCCCUGCUGGCAAAGUCGAACACCGCAGAAGACGUGGCGGCCAUCGAGUGGGUGCGGAGAUCACAGGUCAUCCGGGACUGCGUGGACAGCAUCAGAACAAACGAGGAGCGGCUGCGCCUCCUGGAGGACGAGAACCAGCGGCUGCGAGGACAGGCCACCCGAGAGCAGCGCGCCCGUCUCAGGCAGGAAGUCACCGCCCUGCAGCUGGCGAUUCACCACCCAAACCACUCGUUGGCCAACCUUGGUGUCCAGGCCAGGGUGCCGGAGGACAGAAAUGAAGAUCUGAUGGGAGGCAAUACAAGCGGGAGGGGCACGGUGACUGGCAGACGGACCCCCUAUCUGGACGGGGACCAAACCCCUAAGGCUGAGUGAAGUGAUUGGCCAUCCUUGUGAAAGGCGCUAUAUUGCCCAAGACU